AUGACGACGAAUACAAGCAGAUGUGCGACCGAGAUAAUCGUAUUUGCCGCACUUGCGUUAGAAGUUAACCACGCCCACCUAUCGGCCGCAAACGCGCAUCCUCCUCCGAGGGCAUUCGUGCGCGCGCGCCGCCGCAGCAACACGUCGAACGCGUCCGAUCGAUACAGCGAGGAUGGAAUCGAUCGAGCGACUCUACGCAAACCGUAUCGUCAACAACUGCUAGUCCGGACCGUUCCGCCGCUGAAAGUCCGC